GGGAUAGUGAGUGAGAGGGAGAUCAGUCGAUAAGAUACUUCUGUUUUCUCUCCACUCAGUUGAGUCGAUUCUUCCAUUGCUCUCUCUCUCUCUCUCUCUCUCUCUGAGCUAGGGCCAUGGCUUCUUCUUCUCUGUUACUGAAUCGUUCUACCAUCCUCUCCCAUCCUAGCUCCUUCAUUCGAUCGCGCGAUCUCCGAUCUAGGAGCACCGGCAGAUCCAACCUCUUCCUGAGCAAGUUCGGGGGCUAUUCCCGCGCCUUCCGGCCUCUUACCGUGAGAAGCGUCGCCAGCGAUCGGGAGGUCAAGGAUCCGGUCUCCGAGGAGGGUGUUCCAAGCACUCUAAAUUCUUCAGCGUAUGAUCCCUCGACCAUUGCAUCAAGUAUCAAGUACCAUGCUGAGUUCACACCCUCAUUCUCUCCAUUUCAUUUUGAGCUCCCCAAGGCUUACUUUGCAACUGCUGAAAGUGUUCGUGAUGCACUUAUAAUAAAUUGGAAUGCAACAUACGAUUACUAUGAAAGGAUGAAUGUAAAACAGGCAUACUAUCUGUCAAUGGAAUUCCUGCAGGGCAGAGCACUCUUAAAUGCAAUUGGUAAUCUAGAUUUGACUGGCAAGUAUGCAGAGGCAUUAAGUCAGCUAGGUCAUGAUCUUGAGAGUGUUGCCACUCAGGAACCAGAUGCUGCCUUGGGAAAUGGUGGUCUAGGACGUCUAGCUUCAUGCUUUUUGGAUUCUCUGGCAACAUUAAACUAUCCAGCAUGGGGUUAUGGACUUAGAUAUAAGUAUGGUUUGUUCCAACAGAAUAUUACAAAAGAUGGUCAGGAGGAAGUUGCAGAAAGCUGGCUGGAGAUGGGAAAUCCUUGGGAAAUUGUAAGGAAGGAUGUCACAUAUCCUGUGAAAUUUUACGGAAAGGUAGUCAUUGGUUCAGAUGGAAGGAAACACUGGAUUGGUGGGGAGAACAUAAAGGCUGUUGCAUAUGAUGUUCCCAUACCUGGAUAUAAGACUAAAACCACCAUUAACCUUCGACUUUGGUCGACAAAAGUACCAUCCCAAGAUUUUGAUUUGCGAGCUUUUAAUGCUGGAGAGCAUGCAAAAGCAAAUGAGGCUCAUGCAAAUGCUGAAAAGAUAUGCUAUAUUUUAUACCCAGGAGAUGAAUCAAUGGAGGGAAAAAUUCUUCGUCUGAAACAGCAAUAUACACUCUGCUCUGCAUCACUUCAAGAUAUUAUUGCUUGUUUUGAGAGGAGAUCUGGAAAAUCAGUAAACUGGGAAGAGUUUCCUACAAAAGUUGCAGUUCAGAUGAAUGAUACCCACCCAACUUUAUGCAUUCCAGAGUUAAUGAGAAUACUGAUUGAUGUGAAGGGUUUGAGCUGGAAGGAAGCUUGGAACAUUACUCAGAGAACUAUGGCAUACACAAAUCACACAGUUCUUCCUGAAGCUUUGGAAAAGUGGAGUUUGGAUCUCAUGCAGAAGCUACUUCCUCGACAUGUUGAGAUUAUAGAAAUGAUAGAUGAGGAGUUGAUCAACAACAUUAUUUCGGAAUAUGGAACAGCAGAUCUUGUAGUUCUAGAGAAGAAACUGACGGAGAUGAGGAUUUUCGACAAUGUUGACUUUCCAGCAUCUGUCGUGCAAUUGUUUGUUAAGCCAAAGAAGAUAUCCCAUGUUAAACCUAAACAAAAAAAACUAUUAGUCAAAACUUUAGAACCUUCCAGCAUGACUGUGGAUGAAGAAGUUGAAUCUGAAGAAGUUGUAUCCGAAGAAGUUGAAUCCGAAGAAGUUGUAUCCGAAGAAGUUGAAUAUGAAGAAGUUGAAUCCAAAGAAGUUGAAUCCGAAGAAGUUGAAUCUCAAGAAGUUGAAUCUGAAGAAGUUGAAUCUCAAGAAGUUGAAUCUGAAGAAGUUGAACCAGAAGAAGAGGAUCUUGGCAAUGAAGAACCAACAUUUUUAAAAUCAGAUCCUAGAUUGCCAAAAAUGGUUCGUAUGGCUAAUCUCUGUGUAGUUGGUGGGCAUGCGGUGAAUGGAGUUGCUGAAAUUCACAGUGAAAUUGUGAAGGAGGAUGUAUUCAACAGUUUCUACAAGUUGUGGCCUGAGAAAUUUCAAAACAAAACAAAUGGGGUAACUCCAAGACGCUGGAUCAAAUUCUGCAAUCCUGAUCUAAGUAACAUAAUUACUAAGUGGAUUGGUACAGAUGAUUGGGUUCUGAACACUGAGAAACUGGCAGAACUCAGGAAGCUUGCUGAUAAUGAGGAUCUCCAUUUGGAGUGGAGGGCAGCUAAAAGAAGCAAUAAGAUGAAGGUUGUUUCUUUCAUAAAAGAGAAAACAGGAUAUGUUGUCAGUCCGGAUGCGAUGUUUGAUAUACAGGUGAAGCGGAUACAUGAAUAUAAACGUCAGUUGCUGAAUAUCUUAGGAAUUGUCUACCGCUACAAGAAGAUGAAAGAAAUGAGUGCCAAGGAAAGGAUAUCUAGCUUUGUUCCGAGGGUCUGCAUAUUUGGGGGUAAAGCAUUUGCUACAUAUGUGCAGGCAAAGAGGAUAGUAAAGUUCAUUACAGAUGUUGGGGCUACCAUUAAUCAUGAUCCUGACAUUGGAAACCUAUUGAAGGUUGUCUUUGUUCCCGAUUAUAAUGUCAGUGUGGCAGAGAUGCUUAUUCCAGCCAGUGAAUUAUCUCAGCAUAUCAGUACUGCUGGGAUGGAAGCAAGUGGAACCAGCAAUAUGAAAUUUGCUAUGAAUGGCUGUGUUCUGAUUGGAACAUUGGAUGGUGCAAAUGUCGAAAUAAGGCAAGAGGUUGGUGAAGACAACUUUUUCCUCUUUGGUGCCCGAGCUCAUGAAAUUGCAGGUUUAAGGAAAGAAAGAGCAGAAGGCAAGUUUGUGCCAGACCCAAGAUUUGAGGAGGUCAAGAAAUUUGUCCGUGAUGGUGCCUUUGGAAGUUAUAACUAUGAUGAGUUAAUUGGAUCCUUAGAAGGGAAUAAGGGAUUUGGUCGUGCAGAUUAUUUUCUUGUUGGCAAGGACUUUCCAGAUUAUCUUGAGUGCCAACAGAAAGUUGAUGAAGCGUACAGUGACCAAAAGAAAUGGACAAAAAUGUCAAUUUUGAAUACAGCUGGCUCCUACAAAUUCAGCAGUGAUCGGACAAUUCAUGAGUAUGCGAGGGAUAUCUGGGAUAUCAAGCCUGUUGUGUUGCCAUAGAGGAAUGCAGGAAUGGGUAUUGCUUUCUUCAUGCUACACCAUGCCAAUGUGUUGGAUUAACCAGGUGGGCAUCAUCCCCCUGGUGGAGGUAGGAUCCAGCCCAAUCGGUUGUAGAAAACAGCGUUAUGAUCUUAGCAGGCUGAUGAAUGAAGCUUCAUCUAAGGGGGUAGAUGAAUAAUGUUAAUAAGGUGGCAUUUGAUGAACCGUGGAAAAACUACUGUAGAUUGGAUGGUGCUAAACAAUAACAUCUCAGUCAGAUGUUGGUACUGGGAUAAUGUAUAAUGUAGAUGCUCUUUUCAAUGCCAUACGAUAGUCGCUAUCGUAUUAUUACAUUAUUCAUCCU